UUUUCAAAUUUGCCGGGCUUGUCAGCGACGCUCUAUCUAUACACAGUGCCGUUACGCUUCCGCUGUAGAAGGAAAGCGUGUUUUUUCAUGUCAACAAAUAUUCUGAUAAAAUGACGGCUACUGUUGAGGACAACGUACAAUUGAAUGAAAAUAACGUUACCGAAGAUUUCGCGACCCCUGAGAAACAAGAAGCACGUGCAUUUUUGCGUGAACGAUUUCUACGUGUAAUUACGGGAAUCGUUGGGAAGCAAGCAGACUUUCAUCUGUAUGAAAAUACACGAGUUUCGGCGGAAUUUCGAGGAUGCGACGUCGACUGUUUGGAGGUCUACGUACGAAAUUUGGAAACACCAUUAGGCAUAAUUCCAGAAGCUAUUCUAAGAACGAGUGAUAUUAUUCACUUGACUGUGAACGAUAUUAAUGCGACACAAUAAAUCGUCGGAGCAGAGAUUGUUGGACACUUGGAAAUCCAGAUGGAAAUGGAUGUUGCUGGCCAGCCAUUAUUUCGGUUCCUCUCACACUUUUAUACCAAUAGCUGAGAUAACAAAGAAAUAUCAGUGAAUUUUAAGGUUAGAUACACUUCGGCUAAUGUUUAUUCUCGAUUUCUGUUACGAUUUUAGACACUAAUUAGUUUAGCAAAUUUAAUUUUAUUCGUACUCGUCAGCAGAAAUAUUGUUGGAAUAAUUUAAAAAUGGAAUCGCGAUUAUACAAAUCGACAAAUUAUUUCGAGAUAAUUGUGUUUCUUACUCAAUAAUAAAGUAAAAUUAGAGCAUAACGCCACCGAUGUAGAAAUAACAAUAAAAUAUGCACAUGUCUUUUAA